AUGUAUCACCGCUCCCUCGCCAAACUCGGCGUCUUCUCCGUCUUGGUGGAGGAACUCAAAAAGGUCCCCGCCUACUUCUCGCAUAAGACGCAGGAGGGGGCCAAGGCGUACGUGGAGUCCGCCUCCCAGACUCUAGAGUUCCUCAAAGGCGAGGACCCCUCGGAGAGUCCUGAGAUGCGGGAGAAGCGCCGCCAGCACAAGAAAAUGUACCAAGCCAUCCUGAAAGAGCAGGCCAUCAACGCGGCACAGGAGAAGGCGAAGGCCCAGCAGGCGCUGGCACAGCUCCCAUGGAGGCAACGACUGGCGCUGCGCUUGCAAGAAGCCAAAGAGGCGCUGCAGCAGAUGACAUGCACCAAGGCAGGCGUUAUGGCCGUGCUGCAGCACUGUACUGCCUCCCACGCGGCGGAAGUCGCGCUCGAGCAGGGAAUCGACGUGAAAGAUGUGCAGAUGGUGUUGGAGAAGGCCGCCGCGGCGAACUCGGUGGGCUACGAAAACGUCGUUGUUGGUUACAUCGAUGCGCCGAACGCGUCGCGUGAGGAGGUGAUGGCGUUUGCGGAGAAGCUGCACAAGGCCUGCCCGGUCGCACAUAGCAUGCACAUUGAGUGGCGGCAGGGACGGCCAAGCGCGCGCGACGCGCUGAACGCGCAUGCGAUGCAGGGCGAAAUAGACCGCGCAGCACGGCAGGUGGAGUGGGAAGAGAAGAGAGCCGCUGCGUCUCCGAGUGCGGCUGCGGCGGAUACGGCCAUUCCAAUCGGAAUGCCCGGCUCACGUCGUGUUUACUCGUCAUCGUCGCGCAGCGCAAAUCGUGGCGCUGGCGACGACGUGUUUCACCUGCCCGGUGUAAACGCGAAGAAGGACACGGCGGCUGACCGUGAACAAAACGGUUUGGGCAGUAAAGGCGACACCGACAGUGAGGGGAUGGCGUCCAAGGAGGCUCUCAACUCGUCCGUCAGCGAUUCGGACAAUUCCAAGGCGCCUCAAAGCCGGCACGACGUCGCUGCCACGCAGACGUCUUCUUCAUCUCCUGUGACACCAGAACCGCCGAAAAGCACACAGGACACAUCAAAGCCCCAAUCUUGA